AUGUUGGGUGGGUUCAGUGUGGCUGGUCGAUUCAAGAGUUCUUUGAAGUGUUCUACUCACCUGUCUCGUUGCUCUUCGAUGUUGGUGAUUACGUCACCUUCCUUACCUUUCACUGGUUGUUCUGGUUUGCGGCGAUUUCCAGAGAGCUUCUUUGUUAUGUCAUACAGUUGUCUCAUGUUUCCUUCUCUUGCAGCCUUUUCCGCCAUCGUUGUUAAAUCUUGA